AUGGGUGUACUAAGCGCGGAACAACAAGCGGACGUGGACUGGAUUGCACAGUUCGUGACGCGAACCCAAAUCGAGCAGUUGUCACCGGUUGAGUUCGGAGCGGCUCUCAAAAAUCGCAUGCGAACUGUUGGUGUUAGCGAGCAUCAGAUGAAGACAAUCGCAUGUAUGUUUGAUUUUUUUUUACAAAAAAAGCUAAUUUUUUUCUAA